CGCUGGGUGGCGAUGGGUGGUAGACAGACGGACGGACGGCCGGACAGUCAGUGAGUGGCAGUGCACUAUGUAGCAUGUGGCACUUACUCCCCUUCUUGGCAAUCCUCUGCGCUCAUAUAAAAGGCCUCCAGAUCACGUCACUGCUGGUGCCUCCGUACGUCGUCAACAACUCUGGCCUGGUGGUGUUGGACUGUCAGUACACUCUCACACCCUACGACCUGCAGCUAGACUCGGGGUUGGUGGUCAAGUGGUUCUUCAACAACGGGCCCGCUCCGGUCUACCAGUGGAUCCCCAGCCAGCGACCUCAAGACCUCGGUAUCCUCCGAGGUCGGCUGGACCUCGACUACCGAGCCUCGGACAACAACGCCACCAUGUUCCGCGCCCUCUCCAUCCUGAAUCCUACCACAGAUCUGUCUGGAGAGUACCGCUGCGCCGUGUCCACCUUCACUGACGAGGACUUCAUGAUACAGAGAAUGAUAGUAUACGCUCCAGAAAAGCGGAUGGAGAUGACUCAUGUCCAGGCAGAUUCAGAGAGCGCUAAUGUGACUUGUGCAGGAUACGGCCUCUACCCAGAACCCAGGAUAGCAUUCUACAAGGAUCCUUACACGCCUAGAAUUAGUAAGCCACUACAAGGAAUAACGAUAGAGACCAGUUCCAGGACAGGACAUUACGACAUAUCGGCCAAUAUGGUGUUCCGGGACAAUGACCUGCACUCCCCUACCAUCUUUAUCUGUGAGAUCUGCAUCCCCACCACAGAGUACUGCCGGCGUAAGCGGCUAGUCUACUACCCGGGCAGUAUAACAAGUUAUCACUCAGACAGCAGUCUUAUGAAGGAGACCAUGACAACGUGGUUACUCAUUCUGGUGCUGUUUAUCUACCAUUAGCAGUGAAUAAUGUUUGUUUCAGAGAUUCAAAUGCACAAUUUAUGAAACAGCCGUUCCAGGAUUAGUCUGAAGAACUUGUGGUUCCUAUCUGGUGGUGCUUGGAAGCCAAGAACACUCAUUGACGUUGUAUAUAUAGUUAACAUAUUUUGUGUAAAUUUUCCGGUUAUUUAUACAUUGUAUACUAGUUCAUUAUGUCUUCCUAUAUUUCUUAGCACUAUUAAAUAACUUGUGAGAAAAAUAAAUUAUUACAUUUACCAUUGUACAUUUUACUUCAAGAAUCCGUUUAUAAAAAAUUUGCAAAUAACUUUUAAGUAAUUACUUUAUUAAAGAAUGAAUAAUUCUA